CCCCGCUGGGCCCCCCGCACAGCAGCAGCAGCAGCAGCAGCAGCAGCGAGUGGCCCUCGCUGCAGCUGCGGAUUCUGCGGCUUUCUGGGGGCCCCUCGCUGCACUCGCGGCGCGGUGCUGCUGCUGCUGCUGCUGCUGCGGGGUGUACGUACAUUGCAACUGUGGAUGGGACUCUCAUUCGCUCCGAAGGAGAAAACCAGCAAAUGCAGCUCAUUGAAUUCGCCAGCUUCAAAGAGCAGCUGCAGCUGCGGCGUUUGUUCCUUUCGCCUUCUGGCAGCCACUUGGUUGCUGCAGCAGCAAACGGGGUUACGGUGAACCCGCUGCGGCAGCGUCAUGGAGUGCCUUAUUAG